ACGUUGACCACUAGAGGAAACCUUCCAAUAUGGCGGGAUGUUGGGAUGUAAGAACAUGGAACGUCAUUUUAUUAGGAUUAGCUUUUAUGUUCAUUUUCACAGCCUUUCAAACUACUUCGAUUAUAGAGCCUUACGUCUUACAGCAAGUCAAAGAAAACUAUCCCAAAGACCAUCACAACAAGACAUUUGCAGGUGAUGGAUAUGUCAGCCUUGGGAUCGUCUACUCUGUGUUCACGUUAUCUAACUGGAUAGCACCAUCAUUUGUUAGUGUUUGUGGUCCAAGAAUCUCCAUGAUAUGUGGUGGACUCUGUUACCUUGUAUUUAUUGUAUCUAUGAUUGAACCCAUGACUUGGUCACUGUAUGCAGCGUCUGUGCUCAUUGGACUUGGUGCUAGUAUAAUCUGGACAGGACAGGGGAACUUCCUCACUAUCAAUUCAGACACUGAUACAAUGUCAAGAAACAGUGGUAUCUUUUGGGCUUUAUUGCAGUGCAGUUUAUUAUUUGGUAAUAUUUAUGUCUUUUUUGAAUUUGGUGAGAGUACAACUAUCAGUUCURACCAACGAAAAACAGUGUUCAUAGUAUUCUCAGUCGUGUGUGGUAUUGGUAUUCUAUUAUUGUUUCUGUUAAGACAACCUCCUUCCAAAGCAGAAAAGAUAACAGUGUCAAAUGAAGUAGAUUCUUUUAGYGCAUCAAAUUCAACAAGUGUGGGUGCUCCUCGUCGACCUGGUCCAUUUGAAGCUUUGAAAACGUCCUUYGAACUAUUCUUCACUAGAGAUAUGUUUCUUUUGAGUUUAUGUUUUGCUUACACAGGAAUAGAGUUAACCUUCUUCAGUGGUGUCUAUGGUACUUCUGUCGGAAAUUCGCUUCAAAUUAAGCAUUCUCAAGAGAUGAUUGGUUUGUCUGGUGCUUUUAUUGGUGUAGGGGAAAUUAUUGGGGGCCUUGCAUUUGGAAUAUUUGGUAAAAGAACCAACAAGUUUGGACGUGAUCCUAUUGUUCUGUUUGGUAUGCUGAUACACUGGGCAGCAUUCAUGAUGAUAUACCUUAAUAUUCCAUCUAUUUCACCCAUGAAAAAGAACAGUAAUGAUGCAYAUAUUUCACCAGUUAAUGUUUAUAUGGCUAUGGUCUGUUCCUUUCUGCUUGGAUUGGGGGAUAGUAGUUUCAAUACACAGAUUUAUUCUAUACUUGGCUUUGUAUAUUCUGAAGACAGUGCUCCAGCAUUUGCYCUUUUCAAAUUUAUGCAGUCUCUGUUUGCUGCUAUUGCAUUUUUCUAUAGYAAGGAAAUCCAGUUACAGUGGCAUCUGCUUAUUCUGGUGAUAAUGUCAUUGCUGGGAACACUAGGGUUCUUUGCUGUUGAAUGGAAAGUCAAGAAACAAUUUCAAAGUUACCAACGACUAAACUAAACACACAGCUGAAUAUAUAAACUGAAGGCCAUGCAAUGAAACAWAAGAAUUGCUUCACUGCAAUGUUGCCUACAAAUACAUUAGCUAUAUUCAAUAUUAUAUACCCUGCWAAGAGUCCUUAUCACAGGGUUCGUGCUACUGGUCCUUGAUAUCCUUGAAAAGUCCUGGGAUUGAAAACUCUUUAUCAAGGGUACUUGGAAAGCACUUGAAAAUAAAAAAAGCCUAAAAUGCAUGGGAAACUCCAGCCUUGAAUUUGAAGCAAUCUUCAGUGUUUGAUUGAAAUUCAAAGAUCUUUAUAAAACUCAUAGCACAAAACAUUGUGAARCAUUACUGUAAAUGCAAUCUUAAAAAUGGUCCUUGAAAAUUGCAUGAAUUAUAAAUUUUAGUCUGCUUAAAAAGUACUUGAAAAGUCUUGGAAAUGUGUGAUGAAAACAAUGUUUUCACACGACUACUAUAUUUAGACACUUUCAACAUUAAACUAAAAAGGAGAUAACAAUGGACAUAACAUACUUUAGCAGUUAUAAGUGGUGUUUAUGUUGCACACUCUUAUUGCCUGACAAAUGACAAAGAAAACAAAGUAUUUUGUAUUGAAAUUUAAAACAAACUAACCUGCAAUAGUGGUAGAUUAUAGGCUUGUAUGGGACUGUGUAGUUGGCUAUAGGAAAUGAUAUAUCAAUCUGGGGUGGGCAGUUCAAAGCACYAAUCCAGGGUUAACUCUAUAGGUGUUUCGKUAGGUAACCUAGGGUUAACACUGGUCAGCCUUUGAAUGACUCAGCCCUUGGUAUAUUUGAUUCACUUAAAAAACAAUGGCUCCAGCUGGUCUACAGGUUUUACUGGAGCUGGCUUAUUGUAACUAAACAAUAUCAGAGGGUGUAGUCCAGUUKAGGGUAAUUUUAAAUACUGAACUCUUGAAGUGAACUUACUAGAGCACAGAAAGCUUCAAUAAGUACUAGAGUGAAGUCACCAGACCUGUGGAAAAAAACUUGACUAUUAUUUUGUGAUAAAUCAAAUAGACACUAAAGAAAACAAUGCAUUAUCUAUUUUACAGGUUUUUGACUUCACUCUAACAAAUAGAGCUAAAUAUCAUUAUAAAUAGAGAUGAUUAGGCAAUARAAAACAAAGGAAUUAGAAUAAUUCAGUAGCA